AUGGCUGAUGGCAACAGAUCUCUAACGUAUGGGGCCCAAGUUGCAGUCAGCUCAUGGGAAGCAUCCUUUCACAAGGCGUUUGACGCCAUAUGCCAGCAAUUCUGGGGGAAAUUGCAGGAGAAGCAGAGGCAAUCUACACUGCCUGCUCCAGUGACACAGCUUCAGGGCAUAUUCUCAGAAAAAAAAAACUCUCCCAGGCGAGGAUCCAAGAUGGUACAACGCAACCUGGGCUACAGAGGCAUCACCCUUGUUGUAAGGAAAGAGGCCUGUAGAGAAUGGAAACAUGUUCCUGUUAUCACCAGGGGCUGGAGAGAUGCAGCACAACACGACAGAUGGGGAAACUCCUAUCACUUACACAGGACUGGACUCUGCAUUGUCGCAAUGGGGAUAGCCUGA